AUGUCGUCGUUGAUCAAUCAAAGUGGAAAAAGUAGAAAGAAAAGCGAGAGGAUAUUACUAAAGACGGCAUUCAUCAAAUUCACUAAUGAAGAAUCCAAUCCAUUACUUAUUGAUAUUGAAGAUGAAGACAAUGAAGGAAACGAACUAGUACAACCUCAGAUUAGGAGACAAGGACAGAAGAAGUGUUCAACACCUAAGAAGAAAACUAAAAAACAAACUGGUGGUGUGGGGGAACGUGUUAAUCGCACACCAGCUCAUUCAAUGCGAAGGGAUCUUAAAGUUGUAGUUUUGAGCUCAGAUUCAAGUUUGAUUGAAAGUUAUGACUUGACAGAAGACAGUGGACUAAAUAGGGAAAAUGAAUUGAGAACAAAAAGACGUUUUGAUAGAUGUAAAACAAAAGGUGAUGAAGUUGUUGUUAUAAACUCAUUUUCAGGAAAAGAUAAUGUUACUGUCAAGAACCUUGACGAAGAUGAACAGUCUGAUUUUGAAGCUGACAAAAUUGUGGUAACAAGGAAAAAGAGAAGGCAUCAUACUUCAUUCAAAGAUGAUGACAAAGAAAAUGUGAAGAAAUUUAAAAGACAAAGGAAUAAAGAAGGAAAUGUAUUGAAGCCAAGAAAACUGCCUAAAGUUGUAGCAAGUGGUGCAGAAGAAGCUAGGCGAAUACAAGUACGGACAUCUCCAAAUAUUUUGUACAGUUGUAUGCAUAACCUUAGCAAGGGAAAGGAAGCUUAUAUUUCUUCUAUUGGUCUGGGGCAUUUGUUGAAUAUGAAAGUGGAUGGGUGUGCAUCAAUUAUGGGGCAUUAUAUUGUCAGGAAUUUUAACGCAGAUAGGAUGGUACUCAAACUUCAUCAUGGAGAGAUACAAAUCAAUCGGCAAGUUAUUCACGAAAUGUUGGGUCUGCCUCUGGGACAUGUUACAAUAAAGUCCAUGCCUUAUAGAGAAGUCACAGACGACACAAUAACUAUUUGGAGAAAACAAUUCGAAGAUGAAGAUAAUAUUAGACCAAGGGCAGUUCAACAAGUUAUUAUGCAAUCAACAUGUGCAGAUUUAAUGUUUAAAGUAAACAUCUUUGUCCUGUUGUGUAAUACACUAGGUCAGUCGAUGAGCAUGGGCACAUGUGACCUGUUGAUGUUAUCAAAAGUGACGAAAGACAUGGAUCUAAGUGACAUUGAUUGGUGUGGAUAUGUUUUUGAUUGCCUUAAGGAGACAAAAAGUGCAUGGAAUCCAAACAGCAAAAAAGGAUUCUAUGUUGGGCCAAUUAUAUUACUGCUGGUAUGA